ACCCACUCGAUAAAGAUUUCUAUGUGAAAAUAGGAUUAGUGUUGCUUGUUAUCACAGUAAUCUGAUAAAUUGUAGUCACAUGGAAGGUUUAUUUUCGCUAAGACAUGCUGUUUUCAUAUGUUAAGACUGCAGUUUUCUCUCAUACAUGUACGUAAAGUAACUUUUUACAAUCCGUUUUCAACAAUGACGUCGUUUUUCCAGUCCCUGGUGGAAAAUACUCCCAGUUACAUCUUCUAUACAGCCUCUGUCAUCCUCUCACUCGCUUUAAUCUCCAUAUCACAUUGUUUUUACUUUCGUUUGAUCACCAAACUUUAUAACUUACCACCCGGUACCAUGGGUUAUUUCCCUUUGAUCGGAGAAACGCUUACCUUUUUGAAGUUGAAGGAAAAAUUCACCUUCCAACGUCACUCCAAAUAUGGCAGGGUCUAUAAGACCCAUAUAUUUGGCAGCCCAACUGUCCGAGUGUGUGGUAGUGAUAAUAUUCGUACACUGAUGAUGGGAGACACUAAAAUCUUACAGGUCUUCUGGCCACCAUCCACUCAAUCUCUUGUCGGUUCUCAUUCAUUAGCAGUGAGCUCUGGGGAAUGCCAUCGCCAACACAAAAGCUUAAUCCUCAAAACAAUGACACCGUCUAAGCUGAAAUCCCACUUGGAUCAUUUCCAGACGACAGCCUCUGAGAAAAUAGAGUCCUGGAUAAACAGUGGCAUUAUUGACCCCGUUCAGCAAUGUCGUGAUAUGACGGUCAGGAGUGUGAUAAAAUAUUUCAUAAGAAAUGACUUAUCUGAAUCUGUUAUAGAAAAACUUAUCAAUGAAAUAACUACCUUUGAGAAGAACCUAAUGUCAAUACCUCUCAAUAUACCUGGUACUGGUUUUUACAAGAGUAUGAAAGCUCGGGCUGAAAUAUGUUCCAUUAUUCAAUCAGUUUUAUGUCAGAACAAUAAGGAUACAAAGUGCCAAGCACAAUCCAAAGACUUCCUGAAUUCUCUUCAUAGCAUGCUGCAAGAAAACCGCGAUGGAAACGUAGAGAAAAAAAUAGAAGAUUCUAUAUUAGAGAUAAUCUUCGCUGGCAACUUAACGACAACCGUUGCUUCGUUUUCAACCCUGUAUUUACUGGCUAAUCAUCCUAAAGUGUUGCAGAAAUUAAGGGAAGAGCUUAAUGAGUUUGGGCUGAUGUCACCUGAUGGGAUCCAUUAUCCAAUUGUGACACAAGACCAUAUUCCAAAAUUGAAUUACCUGCAAUGUGUAUUUAAAGAGAUACUUCGUCGACUACCUCCAGUCGGAGGUGUUUAUCGGAAGGUGCUUAAACCUUUCCAACUUGAGGGCUACACCAUCCCAGCCAACUGGAGAGUUGUCUGUUCCAUACGAGACCAACACAUUGGUGAUUGCACUUUCGACAAUCCAAUGACCUUUAACCCUGAUCGAUGGUUAGAGACAGCAGAUGAUCACUCAGCGUUUGAUUUCAUACCUUUUGGGGCCGCUUCCCGUCGUUGUGUAGGGAAAGACUUUGCCAGGUUAUCCAUCCUCUAUACGAUAUUAGAAUUAGCUAGAAGGGCCCAGUGGAAGAUGCAGCCAAGUACUGUAAAGAUAGAUUUCAUUCCUGCUCCUAAACCCAUGGAAGAAAUGACUGCCACCUUUGAACGAUACAAACACGAGUGAGAGACGGCUGCGGAAGUUUGGCUCAUUGUUGAUUGGUUAUUGGUAAAGAAUCAUUACAACGACAUCUUUAUAAUCAUUAUGAUGAUGAUAAUAAUCAUCAUAAAUGUCAUUACGAUGAUCAUCAUUAUCAAAAAUAAUAACUACAAUAGCAGUAUUGUAAAAAUCAAUUGUAUAUAGAAACGUUUCAACACCCAAUAAGAGACAACAACAAUGCCUACAGCAUCUGCAACAAUAAGAUGAACGGCAGUGUCAUCACAA